AAACUUGAUAAUCUAUGUCAACCUCGGCUAUUGUUCACUCUAUACACCAUUUCACCUCUAUGAAACCACCUGUUUACAGAAUCGUACGUCUGGCAGGGGGAAAGGGGAAGACCGGCUGCUGCUUUUGCUCAUCCAUAAUACACACCAUUUAACAGUGCAACUGAGGGCCUGGCAGUAGUUGUACGCACCCCUCGCCAAGCAGUCGAUGACCUGCAAAAUCAAUAGUGCCGAGCUUGUUUUACCUUUCGAAAGCAUGAAGAGACAUUUGUGAAAGCACCGUCAUUUAUUCCGCCACGUCAAACGUAGUGAAAUUGCGGCUACGUUAACGAAAGGGAUGAAGAUCAACGAACCUCCUUCAGCUAAGGUAGCAAGUGACAUUUCUCUACGGUCAACUCCAACGCCUCCUCGUCUUGUCUUGGCUCAUCUCGCCUCGUUCAGACCAAAGAUUCCUAUUGACUGAGAGGUGCAAAAUUCAUCUCGUCUUUCUGCUAGUCAUGGACAGCCAGCAACCCUAAAUAUUUCCAAAGUUACUUUAAAUUCUAAAACGAGACAAGGUCGUGCAGUCAGAAAACUGUUGACGAAACCAGUUUGGCCCUCUGGGAAGUUUUGCGGAGUGUUUUUACUUAUUCUUCAUUAUGGAAGAAAGUAAUUCUUUUGACAACUCUGAGGGUACCAAUGCGGACAGUGAAGACCCCUUCUUCCCAGAACCAAAGGCACGGCAAUUUCCUUGUGAUAUUUGUGGUAAGACAUUUUCACACAAGGGAACUCGUAAUAGGCAUGUUGCAGGCCAUACGAGAGUGAAGCCCUUCCCUUGCAAUUUGUGUACAAAGUCUUUUCUUGAAGAGGCACAACUUGAGAAACAUACCAAACAACACACAAAUAUUUGGGCCUUCUCAUGUGAUUUAUGUGGGAAGGGCUUCACUCGUAGAGGUCACCUGGAGAUACACACAAGACAACAUACAGGUGAACGACCAUAUUGUUGCAGUAUUUGUGGUAAGAAUUUUACUGAAAAGGGAAAUCUCAAGAUACAUAUGCGAAAACAUACAGGCGAACGCCCGUAUACUUGUGAAAUGUGCAAUAGAGAUUUUACUCAAAAAGGAAGCCUCUCUAAACAUAUGAAGUGUCACACGAGGGAUCCAGCAUAUUUCUGUGAGCCAUGUGGUUUGUCUUUUGCAGAGCGAGGUCUGUAUCAUUCACAUAUGUCACAACAUGCUAUAACCUGCAAAGUUUGUGGUAAGAUUUUCAGUGAAAAGGGGAAUCUUCGGAGGCACAUGAGAAACCACUCGGGAGAGCGACCGUAUGUUUGUAAACUUUGUGGUAAAUCCUUUGUACAAAAAGAACAUCUCAAUAAGCAUACAAGACAUCACACAGGUGAGCAGCCAUUUCUUUGUGCCUUAUGUGGUAAAACCUUUGCUCAAAAAGAACACCUUAAUAGACAUAUGAAGCAACAUACAGGCGAGCGACCAUUUAUUUGUGAAGUGUGUGGGAAAGACUUCGGUGAAAAGAGAAAUCUCAAAGUACAUAUGAAGCAGCAUACAGGUAAACUCCUCUACACUUGUGAUUUUUGUGGUACAGGUUUUAAUAAGAAAAGACUUUUUGAUAUGCAUGUAGCAGAGCAUUCUGAUAUGCAGUUAAUGCCUCUCUCAGAAGAGGAGAAUGGAGUCAAUUGGGAGGUGAGUACGAAGGCGCAUGGGAGUGGAACAUCCUUCAAGCUUGAGGAUGCAGAAAAGAGACUUGGCAAAAGUGACAGUGCUGGUAAGAAAGAACCUGGGAGUAGAACACCAAGUAGUCGUGAAAGUGCGGACAAGAGUUUUGAUGAAGAUGACAGUAGUGUGGAAGGAAUGGAAAUUCACUGUGAUCCAAAUACACUGUUAAAUGAAAACAGUGAAGAAAAGAGUCGUGAGAGCCAGAAUCUUUCUCAGGUGAAGAUUGAGCCAGAUGAUUUUAUAUACAUAAAAGAAGAAAAUGAAGAUACAAUGUCAUCAGAUUCCCAGGAAGAUAUGUAUUUAUAACACAAAUUUAAAAAUGUUAGUGAUCUUGGUUUUAUCCUAAUUUAAAAAUUGUAUUGUUGCUUGUUAAUGAGACUAUUACUAUAGUCUUUUGAUACUGUAUUCAGGCACAAAGGAGGAACAUUCAUUCAGGUUGGUGGUUGAAAGCUCUUACAUUCAGAUAUUGUGAAUGUAGUGUGUUCGGUAAUUUUUAUAUGCUAAUAAUAAUCAUACUAUAAACAUGAAACUGUUUAGAGGAGGAGCUGGCUGGUUUGCCCUAGGGAUGAGUUGCAAUUGAGUUCUUGCAGAAGGAUCCUAAGACUACUAAUUGGCUCAAUCUGAUUGAUUUUGGAUGUUGCAUGCCCCCAUUGAAUGCUGCAGUGUUUAUUAUUGUACUUGUAAACAUACUGUCCUAGUAAACCAUUAUCUACCAGAUACUGUUAGAACAUGCUUCAAGGAAGUUGGGCUGGGUAUAUUGUUUAUAAGAGUUAAUUAACCCUCUUACGCCAAUUGGACGUAUUAAACGUCGAGAUAAAUUGUCUCCCGGGUGCCGAUUGGACGUAUUAAACGUCGACAUAAAAAAGUUUUUUUUUAAAUUUGCGGAAAAAUACUUAUAGGCCUACCAGCCGAAAACAUUUGAAUUAAGCGCCUUGGGGGAUGCUGGGAGCUCACGGAUCAAGGCGUUGUUUUGUUUACAAUCGUUACACAGGCGCGCAAGCGCGAAUGUCUUUCUUAUCGCACUAAAAAGUAUCAGUGACACAUCUCAGAAAUUAUUUCGUCACUUUUACAUAAUUUUUGCACCAUUUUAAAUUUGCUGUACAAUACAACAAAAAAAUACUCAUGGUUGUAGCUUUUAUCAGUUUUGAAAUAUUUUCAUAUAAAUAACGAUAAGUGCCAAAAUUUCAACCUUCGGUCAACUUUGACUCUACCGAAAUGGUCGAAAAACGCAAUUGUAAGCUAAAACUCUUAUAUUCUAGUAAUAUUCAAUCAUUUACCUUCAUUUGGCAACACAUUGGACGUCUCUAGCACAAUAUUUCGAUUUAUGGUGAAUUUAUGAAAAAAAAACAUAUUCCUUACAUCCGCGCGGUAACUCUUCCGAUAAAUUUUUUUGUGCGAUUGUCGUAAUGUUUGCACCAUUUUAAAUUUGCCUUUACAUAAAGUUUUAUAAAUGGAAAUGUGCGCAAUUUAAUCCACAAUACAUCUAAAAACAACCCAUGGUUGUAGCUUUUAUCAGUUUUGAAAUAUUUUCAUAUAAAUAACGAUAAGUGCCAAAAUUUCAACCUUCGGUCAACUUUGACUCUACCGAAAUGGUCGAAAAACGCAAUUGUAAGCUAAAACUCUUAUAUUCUAGUAAUAUUCAAUCAUUUACCUUCAUUUUGCAACAAAUUGGAAGUCUCUAGCACAAUAUUUCUAUUUAUGGUAAAUUUAUGAAAAAAAAAACAUUUUCCUUACGUCUGCGCGGUAACUCUUCCGAAAAAAAUCAGAAAUUUUUUUGUGCGAUUGUCGUAAUGUUUGCACCAUUUUAAAUUAGCCGUUGCAUAAAGUUUUAUAUAUGAAAAUGUGUGCAAUUUCAUGUAAAAUACAACUAAAAAUUAUUGAAGGUUGUAGCUUUUCUCAUUUUCGAAAUAUUUGCAUAUAAAUCACGAUAAAUAGAAAAAAAAAUCACGUUCGGUCAACAUUGACUCUACCGAAAUAGUUGAAAAACGCAAUUGUAAGCUAAAAAUCUUACAGUCUAGUAAUAUUUAGUCAUUUAUCUUCAUUUUGAAACAAAUUUGAAGUCUCUAGCACAAUAUUUAGAUCUAUGGUAAAUUUUUAAAAAAACUUUCCUUCCUUCCGCGCGCGGAUUCUCCGCCGCAAAUCUCCGAAAUGCGUACGUCGCAUUAUCGUUAUAUUUGCUCCAUUUCAUAUUAGGCGUUUCAUAGAGUUUUAUAUAUGAAAAUGUGCGCAAUUUCAUGUAGAAUACAACAAAAAAUAAUUGAAGGUUGUGCUUUUCUCAUUUUCGAAAUAUUUGCAUAUAAAAAAAAAUAUAUAAAAAAUUCGACAUUCGGUCAACUUUAACUCAUCCGAAAUGGUCGAAAACUGCAGUUGUAAGCUAAAACUCUUACAGUAUAGUAAUAUUCAAUCAUUUAUCUUCAUUUUGAAACAAAUUGGAAGUCUCUAGAACAAUAUUUAGAUUUAUGGCAAAUUUUUGAAAAAAAAAGUUUUUUACGUCCGCGCAUUACGAAUUCAUGCAUCAUUUUGUGAUAAUAUUUUCUCUGUGUUGCUUUGAUCGCAAUUUAGUGUACAAUUCAACAACAAAAAAUUAACUCGUUAGCUUUAACCGUUUUGCUCGCUGCACGAUUCGAAUACAAUUAUAUAUAAAAUUUUGUUUUCGCGCUAUCAUAUAUCGCAUUAUUUAUAUAUGAUAAUGAUUUAUUUUUCAUUUCUGAUGGUUGCAUACUAAACUUCAGGCAAUGACAAAAAAAGGAGCUAAAAAUGAACUCUUAAUCUUGAAAACUAAGCGCGCUGUGAUUUUUUUGAAAAAAAUAUUUUUUCCACUUCGGCGCUCACUCCGAGACCGCCUCGGCAUACGGGAGACGAUUUUUAUUAUACCCCUUCGGCGUAAGAGGGUUAAAACCCUUUUUGCCUAAAACCUAGCUGCGCCUGGAAAAUAUCCUAUUGUUAAGAAUUUGUCAUUUCAUGGGAUCUUGAAGUAGCAUAAACAUAUGGCCCUAAGAAAUGGAAGGAUAUCUUCUGCUUGACUGAUGAUUUUCUUGAGUGUGUUGUUUUUGGAAAGAAUUUCAUGCAUCUCCUCUGGAUACAUACAAUACAUACUUGUAAUACAAGGAUCUUUAUGUUUAUGGUUUUCACAUGUGAACUGCUUAAAGAGUAAGAGUUCUUGGUGGCCAGCUUAGGCUGAACUGUUGUUCUUCCCAUUAGUCAAGUCAAUGCUGCUGUCAAGUUGAAUCUGUGUAGAUAGUGUGAAAGGUUCUUUAGCCUAGCCAAUUCAGUAGCAUUCAUGAAGUAAAGAUUACUUGCUCAGGUGAUUAACUUCUUGGAUGUGUGCUAUUGCAAAGGCGUAGAAUCUUUGAUGGGUCUUAUUUCGUAGAAUAACUGAAAGCAGUAUUAUUAAAGGGCAGUUAUCAAGAGUUUUUUUUAUAGUGAUUCUGUCAUUUUAUUGUAAAAUCUAUGAUACACUAUUUUUUCAAAUCAUACAACGUAAACAGUGUUGGUUCCAUGUUUCAUAUCAAAAUCCUACAUUUUCCCUUUCCAUACUUUUGUUAUAUUGGGGCUUCUCAACCCUGUCAGUAUGGGCCUUUAUUCCUGCUAUCAUUUCAUGAUUGAACUCUUUCUCCUUGAACAUUCCUAAGGAUAGCAAGCUGUGGCCAAGUAAUGGUGAUUACCAACUUAAGAGCAAAGUUAGCAAUU